UGCCUUCACAGAAGGACCCAGACUACUUGAAGCUCUGGUUGGACAGUUUUGUUUCUAGUUACGAACAGUUUCUGGAUGUGGAUUUUGAAAAGCUGCCCACUAGGGUGGAUGACGUCCCCCCGGGAAUAUCGCUGCUUCCUGAUAACAUCCUUCAGGUCUUGAGGCUCCAGCUGCUGCAGUGUGUCCAGAAAUUGUCAGAAGGAUUGGAAGAACCACAGCAGGCCUUGUCGCUUCUCCUGGUCAAAUUCUUCAUUAUUCUUUGCCGAAAUUUGGCUAAUGUGGAGGAGAUUGGCACCUGUUCUUAUAUUAACCAUGUCAUUACAAUGACUACACUGUAUAUUCAGCAGCUAAAGAGCAAAACGAAGGAGAAAGAAGUGGCUGACCAGACGCCCAUAGAGGAGUUUGUAAGACACGCACUGGCUUUUUGCGAAAGCCUGUAUGACCCCUAUCGAAACUGGAGGCAAAGAAUCGCUGGACGAAUUCUGAGCAAUGUUGAAAAAAGCAGGCAGAAGUACAAACCAGCUUCCCUCACAGUGGAGUUUGUCCCUUUCUUUUACCAGUGUUUUCAAGAAAGUGAGCAUCUCAAAGAGAGUCUGAAGUGUUGUUUGCUGCACCUCUUUGGAGCGAUUGUGGCUGGUGGGCAGAGAAACGCUCUCCAAGCCAUCUCUCCUGCCACCAUGGAAGUCUUGAUGCGCGUACUGGCAGACUGUGACGCGUGGGACAGCCGAGACCCCGACGAAGUGAGCAGGAAGGCCGAGCUGACGCUGAAGUGCCUGACGGAAGUGGUUCACAUCCUUCUGACCAGCAGCUCCGAUCAGCGGCAAGUGGAAACCAGCACCAUAUUGGAGAACUACUUCAAGCUGCUCAACUCGGACCACACGGCUUUGCCGAACUCGCGGAGGUCCCGGCAGUGGGAGAGCCGAUUCAUAGCGCUACAGAUUCAAAUGCUGAAUACCAUCACCGCCAUGUUAGACUGCACAGACAGGCCUGUUCUGCAAGCGAUUUUCCUUAACAGCAACUGCUUUGAACAUCUUAUUCGCCUGCUGCAAAAUUGCAAGCUGUUUUUAAAUGCUAACAGUCAGGUGGCAGACAAGACUGAGAAAGACCUUGCCAACAAAUUACUGACAGAAAUGAAUCAGGAACAGGUAUUUCAGGGACAGCUAGACUGCUUGGCGGUAUCGGCCAUUCGAGCCCUUACAGCAGUGAUGCACAAAUCUCCCGCCGCUAAGGAAGUGUUUAAGGAGCGGAUCGGUUAUGCCCAUAUAUUUGAGGUCCUAAAAUCUAUGGGUCAGCCGUCACGGGAACUGCUUGAAGAACUUUUGAAUAUGGCCAUUGAAGGUGAGCACGCGUCUGUUGGGAUGCUGGGCAUCAGCAACGUCCAGCCCUUGUUGUUGUUGAUCCAGUGGCUCCCGGAGCUCGAGUCGCACGACCUCCAGGUCUUCAUCUCAAGCUUGCUGAAGCGAAUUUGCUGCAUCAACCGGCAGAGCCGGGCUGUCUGUGUCAAUACGAACAUGGUCAGCCGCAUCGUGGAGACCCUCGGCCAACACACCCUGCUUCACGGAGCCUGCGCCGAGAACCUGAUAGUCCUCUUGGGCUCUUUGGGGAGCCAGUCGAUGAGCUCCGAAGAACUCCACCAGCUCAUUAGGCUGCUGAGGACUAAGGACCCGAAACAGACGCACCCUUACGUUGUCCCGGUGAUGCGCUCAAUCCUUACGAUGGCUCGGAAGCAGGGCCUGGAUAGCGCCUUGCAGUAUUUCGACCUCUCCCACAGCAUGGCGGGAAUUGCCGUCCCACCCAUUCACAAGUGGCCGGGCUCUGCGUUUGCUUUCAGCGCUUGGCUAUGCCUGGACCAAGAACAAACGACUCCAGGCGCCAGCGGCAAGGGGGCUAAGAGGAAGCAACUCUACAGUCUUUUUACAGGCAAUGGAACGGGUUUUGAGGCGUUUAUUACCUGUUCAGGAAUGCUAGUGGUUGCCGUGUGUACGAAGAAGGAAUAUGCGACUGUGAUGCUGUCGGAUCAUUGCUUCUGUGAUUCUCUCUGGCACAACAUAAGCAUUGUUCAUAUGCCUGGGAAGAGGCCCUUUGGUCAAAGCCUUGUAUAUAUUUAUGUGAAUGGACAGCAGAAGAUCUCGGCGCUCAGAUUUCCUGCCAUGAAUGAAUCUUUUACUUCAUGCUGCAUUGGUUCUGCUGGUCAAAGGACAACUACUCCACCGCCAUCCCAGAUCCCAGAUCCGCCUUUCUCAUCCCCUGCUCUGCCCCAUCGGACGUCGCUCGGUGGUAUCCUUAGCCCAGGCAGCUGGAGUGGGCUGCUGGGCAAGCCAGAACACAUCACUAAGCUGAUCUCAGCAGGAACGCAGGACAGCGAGUGGGGAUCCCCUACCUCUCUCGAAGGCCAGCUUGGAUUUAUUAUAUUUCAUGAAGCAUUGCAGCCUACUCAUGUGAAAGCGUUGUAUUUGGCAGGUGAGCACUCCGAAGUCCGAACCUGCUUAACUCCAUGGAAAUCUCAAGACUCCGAAGCAGCCGAUUUGCCCAGUAAAAUGCUUCUUCAUUAUACUCCCAAGGCUUGCAGAAGCCCAAUAUGCCUUGACCUUUCCCCCAAUCUUCUACAUGGAAGGCUAACAGGGAACAAAGUAGUGAACUGGGACAUCAAGGAUAUGAUCAACUGUGUUGGUGGACUGAAUGUGCUGUUUCCACUGCUGGAGCAGAUCAGCUACCUCGAUGGGCAGCUGCCUGAGAGGCUUGAUGUGGAAUCUGUUGCUCCUGAAUUGCAGACACCUGUAGAAGGAGAUUGGGUGGUGUUAGCCUCCACCAAGGCUUCGGAGGCUCGUUUAGAGAAGAACAUUGUUGCAACUUUCAUCCUGAUGAUAAAGCAUUUCAUUCAGAGGCACCCAAUCAACCAGGAUAAUCUUGUUCACUCGCAUGGAGUCGCAACCUUAGGAGCCCUGUUGCAGAAGGUGCCAAGCAGCUUCAUGGAUGUGAAUGUCUUGAUGGCUGUCCAGUUGUUGAUAGAGCAGGUUUCUGUGGCAAAAAACACACCGCUUCUGCAGCAGAUGUAUCAACACUUGCUUUUUGACUUCAGCAUCUGGAAUCGGGGAGACUUCCCGUUCCGAAUCGGUCACAUCCAGUACCUUUCUACAAUUAUCAAAGACAGUCGGAGGCUCUUCCGAAAAAAGUAUGGCGUGCAGUUUUUACUGGAUACACUGAGGAUCUAUUAUGGAAACAGCUCUAAAGACAGUGACUUGGCGCCAGAUGAUCUCAAAACAAUAAGGACAUCUCUGUAUGGAUUAAUCAAGUACUUCCUGAGCAAAGGUGGGGCACAUGAGGAAGUGCAGAGCAUUAUGGGCUAUAUAGCCGCCAUCAACGAUGAGGAGCAGCUCUGUGGCAUCCUGGAUGUACUUUUCAGCCUGCUGCACACCAGCCCAACUCGAGACCAGCUGUUCUUGUUGCUUUUCGAGCCAGGAAAUGCAGACAUCCUCUAUGCUUUGCUGCUGAACCAGAGGUACUCGGACGGACUACGGGAGCUUGUGUUCAAGAUCAUGGGGCAGAUGUUGAAGUGCACCAAAGUCUAUGAGCGGAGCAAACAGCGUAUGAAACUCAGAGAAGUCGGGUAUUCCGGACUGGGACUGCUCCUGAACGAAUCUCCAGUGACCACAUCUCUUAUUAAGAACCUUCUCAACCAAGUUCUUCAUGCAGAUCCAGUUGUGAAUUACAGGGACUUUAUAUCAGUGGUGCAUCUGGCUCACAGAGCAGAUAUCAAUGUCCGAGUGGCCAUCUGUCAAAAGCUUUUGCAAAUCCUCCACAGCCAGCCGGAUCAGCGCAGCAGAUUUCUCAGCAGCGGUGGCUGGCAGGAGACGUGGCGAGGUUCUUCCUGAAAGAGAAACGCCAAGGUCAGGAACGGCGGCGCGAGGGAGGAAGAACGACGGUGCCAAAGAGGGUGAAAAGCACGCCGGUGCGGCUAAAGAGUUUCAGAAACACUCUUCUUCAAAGCCGACGGGGGAGACGCUACCAGUUUUGCCUCUGUCAAUGGUUCGUUGCGACGGUGGAGCCUAGAGGACAGCACUGGGGUGAUGCUCGAAGAUCCCUCCUGGGGCAGAGAUCUCGUUCAGGCUGAGGACCAAGAUGACCUAUGGCAGAAGAACCCCUCUCACUUGAGCUUGGACCUUUCGAGCGUCGACUCUUACGAACUGGGCGACGCUGGGAGUCAGAUGGUGGACAGCCUGCCCAGCACCCAGUCACCUGUCGAGAACACCAAGACAUUUUCUGGGCAUCUUGAGAAAGAGCCAAACGCUUGUGAGGUGGCAUUCCCUGCAGAUCUCUCGUUAUUUGAAAUUUCGCAGGCAUGUGAAGAAGAUCUCAUACAAUUACUCACCGAUGCCCUGCUUUGUGUGAUGUGGAGAGGCAUAGAACGAUCUGACGAUGCUGCUUGGGUUGAGAGGGGGCAGGUUUUUUCUGCCCUCACCAAACGGGGAUACAAUGAGCUGUUACGGCCAACGGAUGAAAUAAAACUCAACUUGCUAGAGAAGAUGCUGGAAUGGGCAGUCAUGGACAACAGAGACGCUAAAUCUCUCCCGGUGUAUGCAGAAAACGCCUUCCGGCUCCUGCUUAUCGUGCAAGAUUUCCUGCAAGCGGAAGGGCUUGUUAAUUCAAGUCUGUGGACGGAAAAGCUCUUGGAGGAGCUGGUGACUCUCAUGGAUACAUUGUCCGUCUGGUACUCUUCCGGCCCAGAGUAUGUGAAGUUCUACCAAGUACAAGUCCAGAUGCUCCUUGGAUUCAUUGGACAGGAUAAUUUGCAGGUUUGUGCAAUGGCUGCAGCCAAGCUAAACACCCUCCUUCAGACCAAAGUGCUUGACAACCAGCUGGAGUCCUGCUACCUCCUGGGCAGGCUGGAAGGCAUUCUGAGCAGAUCGAUCAAGGAAAAGACAGAGACCUACUCCUUCCUGAUCCCUCUCGUACGGACGCUGGUUUCCAAAAUAUACGAGCUUCUCUUCAUGGGCUUGCACUUGCCUUCCCUGCCCUCGACGAACGGGAGCCCAUCCUUUUUCGAGGACUUCCAGGACUAUUGCGACACGGAGGAAUGGCAGACCUAUAUUGCUAAAUUUAUCAUUCCACAUAUGAAGCAGUACGAACUCAGCACUUUCAGCGACGGCCACGAGCGUAUGGCGGUAUUUUGGAAAGAUUGUUACGAGGAACUGAUGGUCAACAUCCACAAACGAGAGCGGGAGCGAGGAGAAAGCAAGCUCAAAUUUCAGGAGUUUUUCGUGGAGCCAUUCAACCGACGGGCACGGCAGGAAAACCUGCGUUACAACAGCAUGUUGAAGCAGGUGAACAAUAAGCAGACGGCAACUCUCCGACAGUGGAGAGCUGCCAAACUCUACCUCACGUGCGAGCAGGGGCCCUGGGCUGAAAGGAAGCUAAAUCGUAUUCACUGGAAACUUUCAAAUGUGGAAAAUUACUCACGGAUGAGGCUAAAGUUGGUACAAAAUUACAAUUUCAACUCUCAUCAGGAGGCCAGUGCCCUAAGGGAUAAUCUAGGCGCGCCAUCAAGCGAGGCUUUGCUCCUGGAGGCUGUGAAGCAAGUGAAAGUCAGCGAUAUGGAGGAUGAUAUACUUGAGCUGCCAGAUGAAGAUCCGGCUUCUAAUACAAGCAUGGAUGAAAAGGAAGAGCAGAGCCAGAAAGAAAAACUCGUGCUCUCUGAAGACUGCGAACUUAUUACGAUAAUGAAUGUCAUCCCCGGCAGGCUGGAGGUCACUACCCAGCACAUUUACUUCUACGAUGGCAGCAUUGAAAAGGAGGAAGGCAUAGGUUUUGAUUUCAAAUGGCCUCUUUCUCAGAUUCGGGAGGUUCAUUUGCGUCGCUAUAACUUGAGGAGGUCUGCUUUGGAGAUCUUCUUCGUUGACCAGACCAAUUACUUCCUGAACUUUAAAAAGGAGGCAAGAAAUAAAGUGUACAGCCGAAUUCUGUCUCUGUGUUCUCCAAAUAUUAGUGGGACAAGAUCUCCACAAGAAUUAUUUAAAGCAUCUGGACUGACCCAGAAAUGGGUGAACAGAGAGAUAUCAAACUUUGACUACCUCAUUCAAUUAAACACAAUGGCAGGACGAACCUACAAUGACCUUGCACAGUAUCCUGUAUUUCCAUGGGUCCUACAGGAUUAUACUUCAGAAGAAUUGGAUCUCAAUAACCCGGCUGUGUUCAGGGAUCUAUCCAAGCCCAUUGGCGUGGCAAAUGAAAAGAACGCCAAGGCUGUACUGGAAAGAUAUGAGAACUUUGAAGAUCCACUUGGAAUUGUCGACAAGUUCCACUACGGCACUCACUAUUCCAACGCAGCUGGAGUCAUGCAUUACCUCAUCCGGGUAGAGCCUUUUACCACAUUGCAUAUCCAGCUUCAGAGUGGCAGAUUUGACUGUGCGGAUCGGCAGUUCCACUCCAUUCCUGCUACCUGGCAAGCUCUCAUGGAGAACCCCAAUGAUGUGAAAGAGCUGAUCCCAGAAUUCUUCUACUUUCCAGAGUUCUUGGAGAAUCAGAAUAAUUUCAGCUUGGGUCAGCUGCAGAUCUCGAAAGAAGUCGUGAAUGAUGUUCUCCUCCCGAAAUGGGCCCAGUCACCCGAGGACUUCAUUUUUAAACACAGGAAAGCUUUGGAGUCGGAGUACGUCUCAGCUCAUCUCCAUGAGUGGAUAGAUCUGAUUUUUGGCUACAAACAGAGAGGGCCAGCUGCGGUGGAGGCGCUGAAUGUGUUUUAUUACUGUACUUAUGAAGGAGCUGUAGAUCUUGAUGCCUUGACCGACGAGAAAGAAAGGAAAGCCUUAGAGGGGAUGAUUAAUAAUUUUGGACAAACACCUUGUCAGCUACUCAAGGAGCCGCAUCCUGCGAGGCUGUCUGCGGUGGAAGUGGUGCAGAAGCAGACCAGGAAUGAAAACGCCGCAUUUCACCUGUUCCAACAUCUCCCUGAAUUGAAGUCGUUCUUCAUUGAGGGGAUCAGCGAUGGGAUACCUAUUGUGAAGUCCAUUGUCCCCAGGAAUCAGUCACGUUCUUUCAUGUCACAAGGGAGCCCAGAGAUUUUGGUAACAGUGAGUCAGAACUGCAUCACUGGAACUCACGGGUGGCUGCCUUACGACAGAAACAUCUCCAACUAUUUCACUUUUCUGAGAGACCAAACGGUGACAAACCCCAAAACACAACGAAGCGUGAGUGGUCCUUUUGCGCCAGGACUGGAGAUUACACCCAAGUUGUUUGUAGCAUCUCACGAUGCAAAGCUGCUAUUUAGUGGGGGCCAUUGGGACAACAGCAUCAGAGUGACAUCACUCACAAAGGGGAAAUUGAUGGCACAGCAUAUUCGGCACAUGGAUAUAGUGACGUGCUUGGCUAUGGAUUUCUGCGGAAUCCACUUAAUUUCGGGCUCGAGGGACACCACUUGUAUGAUAUGGCAAGUUGUUCAGCAGGGAGGCAUGCCUGUAGGCCUGGCACCUAAACCUUUGCAGAUUCUGUAUGGACAUACCAAUGAAGUGUCUUGUGUUGGCAUCAGUACAGAACUGGACAUGGCGGUGUCGGGGGGCAGGGACGGCACUGUGAUUGUGCAUACUAUUCGUAAAGGUCAGUACGUGAAGACUCUGAGGCCGCCAUGCGAGAGAGCUCUCUCGCUCACUGUCUCAAAUCUCGCCGUCUCCUGGGAGGGACAUAUAGUCGUGCACACCAGUGUAGAAGGAAAGACAACUCUCAAGGAUAAAAAUGCACUACAUCUCUAUUCUGUGAAUGGAAGGUAUUUGGGCUCUGAGAGCCUGAAAGAGGACGUGUCGGAUCUGUGCGUGGCUGGGGAAUAUAUUGUCAUGGGGAGCCUACAGGGAUUUCUAUCCAUACGAGAUCUUCACAGCCUCAGUCCCAGCGCCUCCCCGUUGGCCAUGCGGCUGCCGAUUCGCUGUGUCUCUGUGACCAAAGAGUCCAGUCAUAUUCUGGUGGGCCUCGAGGACGGCAAGUUGAUCAUCAUCGGCGUCGGGAAGCCGGCAGAGAUGCGUGUGGGACAGCUCUCUCGAAAGUUGUGGGGUUCAAGCAAACGCAUCAGCCAGAUUUCAUCAGGAGAGACUGAAUAUAACACUCAAGAUUCCAUGUGAUUUCUGCUCCUGCCUCCUCUUGGGGAACUCCACACAUUUAUUUAAUCUUCUGAUUAUUUUCCAAUCGUAUCUUUCAACUUGCUCAGUUAACGUUUGAAGCGACAGCACAGUUUCCACAGGCAGAUAUGGGGAAUAAGCCCAUAGCACCUGUCAUUUUUGUAAUGGUGUUGAUAUGUUAGAAUUGGACGAAAUAAGCUGAUUCAACAUUAUUUAAGCAAAUGAAUUGUUUGUGACAGAUAUGUAUGCACUCAUAUGUUUCUAUGUGUAUAUUUGUGUGUGUUUGCAACAUGUUUGUCUGUACAUAUAUGUGUGUGUUUGAUACUUAACUGACAUUUGCAGGUUAGUGCUGGCAAUCAUGGGUAAGUUUGCUGAAUAUCUGAAAAAUUGAUUUCUGUAAGCCUUUUGCAUGUAUGCCAGUGAAUACUGACAAAUAUUCUGAGGUCAGCAUUCGCUGGUAUAAAAGUUUCUGAACACUUGCCAAAUUUGUCUGGGUUAUGCGAUUGUCGGCAUCACCAAACCGUUGACAUUGACUGUAACAUAAUAUAUAUUUAUAUAGGUUGUGAUCCAGUAAAUUCAUUUACUCGUGCACAAGCAGAU